UCCACACUUUUAUCUUUGCCAUUGAUCGUUGAAUUCCAUAAGCAGUGCCUAAUUACGCGUUAACUACAAAUAUGCGUUUAUCCAUAAAAUUUCUACUCGUAUGAUGGGAUGUGGUUCAUCGAUGGAUACGAAUAGCGUUUUAGAAGAGCCCAUACAGAGCUUGGAACGUUGGCAGCAAGGCGAUAUGGAUCCCGUCGCGGUUGUCGAGGAAUUUGUACAUCUGGACGAACGGAUCAGCAAACUGGAGGCGACUUGUCCGGGACCGCGUAUGGCCACCGCCGAAGCCUGGGUCGAACACUUACAAUCGCAACGUGAUACUCUUUUAGGUGUUGACAACUUAGAUGCGGCCUUGAAUCUACAACGAAAUGAAUUGUCGCUACAACAACAACAACAACAACAACCCCAACAACAAAUAAAUAGUGAAAUAUUAACUAUAAAUGAGAUCGAUGCAGCUACGCCGCCACCCAUACAUCAGCCACCAUUGCAACCACUCAGUGUGGUGGUGGCAUCAACAACUACAACAACAAAUAGAGGCAUGUUAUUGAAUGGCGGAAAUACAUUGAGACGCGGAAAUGGCGCCAUAGUAAAUGGCAUAGGCGGGGCGGCGGCACGACACGCUAAUAAUAACAUAAUGGCAAAUACACCCACCCAGGAUUUGGCUAAU